AUGGUUUGCAAAGAAAGUACAAAGUUUAAGAAGAAAACACCAUUAAACAAGGUGAGUUUUAGUUGUUUUGUUGUUCAUAGUACUGAGUAAGUGUUUGUUAUUAAAAUAACUUCUGUAGAUGGAAUUUAUGAGGGUUUUAUUGACCGAUCGUUAUUGAUCUCGACAAUGACAGACCAUUUUUCUUGGACCGAAUUUACUUUGGGCGGACGAAGUCUAUCGCUGUUCUCUUUCCAAAAACAUCUGUUAGAGACACGUGUUUUUGCAAAGAUUAUCGGUCAAGAUGAACUAUUAAUUUAUAUGCUUUCAGCUUGAGAUGAACUUGCAUUCGUAGUUUUUGUUGUUGACAAAUGAGCUGUUGUUUGCAAUGUUACAAAUUAUGAAAUUAACAAACGAACACAUUAUUGUCGAUUUCAGAUUACUUUUCAAAGCGCGGUUCCCAAGUUUGUUGUCAACUUGCCAAUUACGUUCCAAAUUCGGAAGUUGGGCGGGAACUUCGCAACGAAGUUCGCAAGUUCAUUUCAAAGUUCGAACUUCGAUUGUAAACAAAUGUAAAAAUUUCAUUGAUAAAGUUAUUUAAAAAGGCAGUUUUCGUUUUGGGAGACCACUGGAGCAAUAUUUUAUUGCAGUAAUAUUUUACUGCAGUAAUAUGUGCAUAGGGCCUUAUACAGUAAUUUCAACUCCAACUAUGAACAUUUGUUUACAAUCAAAGUUCGAACUUUGAAAUGAACUUGCGAACUUCAUUGCGAAGUUCCCGUCCAACUUGCGAACUUGACAAUGUAAUUGGCAAGUUCGCAACGAACUUGGGAACAGCGUGUUGAAAAGUUACCUGAAAUCGACAAUAAUUGUUUUGUUGUUCACUGAUCGAGAGGCGGCCUAGCAAAUAUAUAUAUAUAUAUGUAUAUACAAUCUGCAGACAUGCAUGUUUCGGCAUCCUACGCCUCGUCAGUGCAGCUUGGUACACACUAGACACGCGAUGACCUUCGUAUUUAUAUACAUGCAACUUGCUCUCACAAGCACAUGUGGUACAACACAGGCCAUCAAUGCAUCUAGACACGUGCAUAGUGUCAUGUCCAGAGUGCUCAAACAACCACAAGGUGAGUGAGCUUUCCAACAGUCGUUGAUAUUAAGUCCAGCCAAUCAGAACCCACUAAAUUCAGUCAUGACCAAUCAGAAUCAACUACCCAGGUCUGGGUAGCACUGCUGGGGUUGGCAAGCAAUGCUACGAAAUUUCACAGACUGUAUUACAGCAUAAUACAUUCUGUACACAGGCUAUUUCCAACCUUGAUGGUCAUAUAAAAUGCAAGACAACUGGUGACUUGAAAAGUUAAUUUCACACUUUAUAUUUGACACAUUUUAAUUCUUUAUAAAUUACUCCAUUGUCUGUUUACUGCUUGCUAAUAAUACAGUACAUUAAAUAUUCUAGUUUAUGUUUAAUCUUGUAAAUUGAUGGCAACAGUGACGUAGCCAGGACUUCUAGUCAAGGAGCACAGAAAAAAUCCCGGGAGGAGAAUAAGUAAUUUUACCCUGCACUAGUUUGAAUAGUUUGUUCAUUAUGUGAAAAUAUAUUUGGAUUCCCAUGAUAGCCAUGCAUAAUAUAGAACAAUGAACUUUUAGGAAAUUUUUUUAAAUUCUAGAGUCAGUAAAAUGCCAUUUUCAUCAUUUUGGAGGCUAUUUUAAUGUGUUUUGGUAAUUUUAAAUAAGCAUUUAACACAUAACAACUCUACUUAAUCACAAACAAAUCCAGAACAUUUCCAUUACAAGAAAUGAAAAUAUAAUGCACAUGCUUGUCCAGGACAGAAUUUUUCCAAGCCUCCCCCCCCCCCCCCCUGGCUAUGUCAUUGGAUGGCAAAGCUUUAUAAAUCAUUUAUCUGCAUGUUAAUAAUGAAGAACAAUGAAGCAAAGACAGUAACUGAAUGCACAGACCACAGAAACAAUUCUUUUUUUCUAAUGCGGCUCAAAUAUUUAUAAGGGAGUGUUGAGUUCAUUAUUUAUGGUUUGGGGGGCGGGGGUGUUUCACACAUCCUCCCUCUCAAUAUUUACAUGACCCUCUCUGGGGGGGACCCCAAGAAAAGACCAAAAACUUUUGUGACCCCCCCCCCCACAUUUUGUAUAAAAUACAAAAUCGUUAUUUUAUGACGUUAGUAAUAGUGCAAAAGCUCUUGUACUUAAGCUAUGUAAUAAUUCAAAAUUUUCAUGUUCUAUAAUAACAUAUUUUAAUGAGGUCAAAACAUUGUCAAAACUAACACUUUCAUGACCCCUCCCCCCUCAAUUACUCCGCAAACUCUGGUGACUCUCCAAAAACAAACACCAAACUUUUUUUGCCCCUGUGAUUUCACCCCCCCCCCAACCAUAAAUAUUGAACACUCCCUAAGUGGUCAAAUAUCAAAUAGUGGGCAAUCAUUUGUGGCAUCCUAAUAUAAAACAGUUUGCUAAAAGCUCAAGAACCUUGGAAACAAUGGAAUCCUACAGUAGUCUAAGAAGAUCUCACCAUUGCAUGGUUUUAUAUACCAUAAAUUAAUGUUUUGAAUUGUUCACCAUACAUUCAAAGAUUGUAUUGAAAUGCACACACAAGAUAAGUAAUUUCAUUUUCAAUGCAAACAAACUAAAGUAAUUGAAAGAUUUCAUAUUGAUAACAGUAUGAAUUGUAUUGCAGAAAUGUUUAUGCUAUUGAAAUAAAGUUGUUACUUAUAAUGGUCAAUGUUCUACAUAGCAUAAGCAUGUUUUAUCAGAUAAGCUAUCUAUAGUUUCUGGCAAGCCAUAGUUUAUACUCGACUAAUGUGGCCAUUUGUAACCAAAUGUUCUGACACAUCAUCAGGAGAAAUUUCUGAUGUGAAGUCGCCAUUUCCUAGAAUAGAAUAGAAUAAGAACAUAUAUUGACAUUCUAUGUCAUGAGUCCUCUAUUAAACCCCCUUUUAAAAUAGACCCCCCUCAGGCCCUCCCUUUACUAAGCCCCAUUCCUCCUAAUACCCCGUUCUCUAAUAGGCCCCCUCUCUAAUAUGUCUCCCUGUCUAAUAAGAUCCCCUCUCUAAUAACUUUCCUCUCUAAUAAGCCUUCCCCCCUCUCUAAUAAGCCUUCCCCCCUCUCUAAUAAGCUCCCCUCUCUAAUAGGCCCUCUAAUAAUCCCCCUUGCUAAUAAGCCCCAUCUCUAAUAAGCCUUCCUCUCUAAUAAGCUCCUUCUCUAACGAGCCUCCUCUCUAAUAUGUUUUCCUCUCUAAUAUGUUUUCCUCUCUAAUAAGCCCCACUCUCUAAUAAGCCCCACUCUCUAAUAAACUCCCUCUCUAAUAAGCCUUCCUCUCUAAUAAGCUUCCUCUCUUACGAGCCUCCUCUCUGAUAUGUCUCCCUCUCUAAUAAGCCCCACUUUCUAGUAAGUUCCCUCUCUAAUAGCCCCCCUCUCUAAUAUCCUCCUCUCUUGUAGGCCCCGUUUCUGAUAGCCACUCUCUCCAAUACGUUUCCUCUCUAAUAAAGCCCCUCUAUAAUAAACACUCUCUCUAAAAAAACCCUCUCUAAUACGUCCCCUUUCUAACCCCCCUCCCCCCUUCAAAAAGCAUAAAUGAAAGUACAUUUUCAUAGUAUAAAAGAUUUACUGGUAGAAUAUUUGUAGCAACAAAUAGAGGUAUUGCGUGUUCUCGUUUUUUUGAAAAAUGAAUGAAACGGAGAACACGCUUUUGCAAAACUAUAAUACAGUAUGUUACUAUGUUUGUGAUGUUACUGUGAAUGUGCAUCCACACCGGGCAAGCUGAAAAGUUUGCCUGACCACGGUGGGAAUCGAACCCGCUACUGAUUCUAGUUCGAUAUUAGUCCAAUGCUCUAGCAACUGAGCUUACGAGGUCAAGUCGGUUCGAGUUGGUGAUAUUUCGGAACUGAGUCUAGUUCCUACGAUAUCAAAUGUAUUCCCACCGUGGUCAGGCAAACUUUGCAGCUUGCCCGGUGUGGAUGCACACUCACAGCAAGGGUGGGUUGACUACAACAUUUUUGUAGUCAGCUACAACUACUGCUACUUUUGAACAAAGGUAGUUCGCUACUGACUACAGCUACUACUUAAAAAUUGUAGCGAACUAUUUCGCUAUUUCGCUACACUAUAUUUUUUAGUUAUACUAUAUUUGGGGCAUCUACUAACUCAGGCAGUAAUGUAAUCUAUAACAAAUCGACUUACGAGUCCCAACAGUAAAAACACAAAGCAACAUUUUUGUAAGCACUACAGUGUUCAGGAGUGCAAUUGAGUAUUGAUUUUAAACAAACAGUGUCUCAAUACCAUGCUAUUCUAUCAAGUUGCUAACAAUUUUAAAAGUAGCGAAUAGCGAUUCGCUGUUUCACCUGUUUGAAAAGUAGUCAACUACUUGGCUACUUUUAGGCAAAAUGUAGUUCGCUAUAACUACAACUACUGUUUUAAAAAAGUAGUCAAAAACUACUGGCUACUUGAAAAUUGUAGUUCGCUACAGUAGCGAACUACAACUACUUCGCUACAACCCACCCUUGAUAGCCACAUGUACACACCGCCGAAGGUGGGAAAAGGUAUUUUCGUGAGCCGUGAAUGGUCAAUAUUUGUUCGUGUGAAAUGUGAAAUGCUUGAUUUUAGUGUCGUGAAAUGUGAUUUGUUCUACAGCCGUGAGGCGUGAUUGUUGAUAAAAAUGCUCCGUGAAAUGAGAAUUAAGGAUGCCUGUUUCGUGAACUGUGAUUAUUAUGGUGAUUAUUAUGAUAAACAUGAUACGCGAUAAUCAAAUUAAAGGAGGACAAAGUUCCUGAGGCUGAUGACAAGGAUCCUGAGGCUGAGGACAAGGUUCCUCACGCAGAGGACAAGGUUCCAGACGAUGAGGGCAAGGAUCCUGACGCUGAGGAAAAGGAUCCUGAGGCUGAGGACAAGGUUCCUGACGCUGAGGAUAAGGUUCUUGACGCUAAGGACAAGGUUCCAGACGCUGAGGACAAGGUUCCUCACGCUGAGGACAAGGUUCCUGACGCUGAGGACAAGGUUGCAGACGCUGAGGACAAGGUUCGUGACGCCGAGGACAAGGUUUCUGACGCUGAGGGCAAGGAUCCUGACGCUGAGGAAAAGGAUCCUAAGGCUGAGGACAAGGUUCCUGACGCUGAGCACAAUGUUCCUGACGACAAAGUCCCAGAGGCUGAGAACAAAGUUCCUGGUGAGGACAAGGUUCCUGACGCUGAGCACAAUGUUCCUGACGCUGAGGGCAAGGAUCCUGACGCUGAGUAUAAGGAUCCUGAGGCUGAGGACAAAGUUCUUGACGCUGAGGACAAGGUUCCUGGCGCUGAGCGACAAGGUUCCUCGCGCUGA